AUGGUUUUAGCGGAUUUGGGUCGAAAAAUUCGAAAUGCGAUCGGAAAACUUGGUCAGAACACGGUUAUCAACGAGGAGGAGCUGGAUUUGAUGCUCAAGGAGGUGUGCACCGCGCUCAUUGAGUCCGAUGUGCACAUUCGGCUGGUUAAGCAGUUGAAGGAUAAUGUUAAAAACGCCAUAAACUUCGAGGAGAUUGUGGGCGGAGCCAACAAGCGUCGUUACAUUCAGAAGACGGUAUUCAAUGAGCUUCUGAAGUUGGUGGAUCCAGGAGUCACGCCAUUCACACCAACCAAAGGAAAACGCAACGUCUUCAUGUUUGUCGGUCUUCAGGGAUCCGGAAAAACCACCACGUGUUCUAAGAUGGCGUACUACUACCAACGAAAGGGAUGGAAGACGUGUCUGAUCUGUGCGGAUACAUUCCGUGCUGGAGCCUUCGAUCAGCUCAAACAGAACGCCACGAAGGCCAGAAUCCCAUUCUAUGGAUCGUAUUCCGAAAUUGAUCCUGUCAAAAUUGCGGCGGAAGGAGUCGAGAAGUUUACGAAAGAAGGAUUCGAAAUCAUCAUCGUGGAUACAUCGGGACGUCACAAGCAAGAAGCGUCGCUUUUCGAAGAAAUGCUCCAAGUUUCGAACGCCGUCACUCCGGAUAACGUCGUCUUCGUGAUGGAUGCAUCGAUUGGACAGGCUUGUGAGGCUCAGGCACGCGCGUUCUCACAGACUGUGGAUGUGGCCAGUGUUAUUAUCACUAAACUUGAUUCUCAUGCCAAGGGAGGAGGAGCGCUGUCGGCAGUCGCUGUCACCAAAUCCCCUGUGAUCUUCAUCGGAACCGGAGAGCACAUUGAUGAUUUUGAGAUUUUCAAACCGAAAUCUUUCGUUCAAAAGCUGCUGGGAAUGGGAGAUAUCGCUGGUCUGGUGGAUAUGGUCAAUGAUAUUGGCAUUUCGGAUAACAAGGAGCUCGUUGGACGUUUGAAACAGGGCCAAUUUACUCUUCGCGACAUGUACGAACAAUUCCAGAACAUUAUGAAAAUGGGACCAUUCAGUCAGAUUAUGAGCAUGAUCCCCGGAUUCGGACCGGAAUUCAUGAACAAGGGAAACGAACAGGAGUCGGUGAAUCGUCUGAAACGAAUGAUGACAGUGAUGGAUUCGAUGAGUGAUAAGGAGUUGGAUCAUCCGAAAGCAUCCGAGCUAUUCACAAAGGAGCCGAAUCGAGUGGCACGUGUUGCCAGAGGAUCUGGGUGUUUCCAGCAAGAAGUACGAGACCUGCUCAGUCAAUACAAGAAAUUCUCGGAUGUCGUCAAGAAGAUUGGAUCGAUUAAGGGAUUGUUUAAUGGUAAAAACGGCGAUAUCAAUCCGAAGAACAUGAAUCCGGCGAAGAUGGCUCAGUUGAAUCAGCAGAUGGCAAAAAUGAUGGACCCCAGAGUUUUGCAACAAAUGGGCGGAAUGGGCGGUCUUCAGAAUAUGAUGCAGCAGAUGGCGAGGGCCGGGAAAAUGUAG